UAAGUUUAUUAUUUCUGGUACACAAACUUUAUUUUUGAUAUAUCAGCUGGGGCAUUAUUUUGGAUGUGAUCUCUUUGUUUAUUAAUGGUAAAGCUGUCGUUAUUCUGUUUGGACUUCAACCCCACUAUUAAAUUAGCCCCAAAUAAGAAGAAACUUGACUAUUAAAUACUGAAAAAUUAUUGUAGUCUGGUGUAACAGAAAUGGUACAAGAUUCCUCAACUUCAAUUUCAUACACAAAACACCAAAGUUGAUAAUUAUUGGAAUUAACUUAUGUGAUAUGACAUACUGUAUGAUAAUUGUUAACAGUACUCUCUUAUUAUCUUAUUCUUCGAUUUUGAAAUUACAUGUUAUUUCCUUUGUUUCAAUUAUCGUGUUAUUUGUAUUACUAAAAAUGGUCCAAAUUUGUCGUCCGUUAAUAGUUAAACCAUAUAAAUUUCCAACUCUCUCCACCAAAAUGUACACCUAGGAAGUUUAGUUUUCAUUUGAACAUCAAAGAUUAGGAAACAAGAAUGAGCAAACUACACAUAUUGAUAAUACCAUAUCCAGUACAAGGCCAUGUUAUUCCCUUAAUGCAGCUAGCUCAAUCCUUAGCUAAAUAUGGCUUCAAGAUCACUUUUGUCAACACAGAGUCCACACACAAGAGUAUUCUGAAUUCUUUAUCAGGAAAAAAUAGUUUGCAUGAUCAGAUUCAUCUGAUUUCAGUUUUAGAUGAAUCGGAAUCGGGGGAGGAUAAGAAUGUGCCAGGUAAAUUAUCUGAAGCAAUCUUUAAAAUCAUGCCUGGAAAAAUUGAGAAGUUGAUUCAAGUAACUAAUGUAUCGGAAGACGAAAGGAUUACUUGCAUUAUUGCUGAUCAGAGCCUUGGAUGGGCUCUGGAACUUGCAGACAAAAUGGGAAUUAAGAGAGCAGCCUUUAUAACUGCUGCAGCUGCUAAUUUGAUACUUGGAUUUAACAUUCCAAAGUUGAUUCAUGAUGGCUUGAUUGACAAUGAUGGGACUCCAAGAAUAAAAGAUCAUACUUUUCAGUUUGAACCAACUAUGCCAAUCAUGAACACAUCAGAUUUACUUUGGACAAGCAUGGGGAAUUCAACAAUGCAAAAAAUCAUUUUCAACAUGUUGGUUCACAACAAUAAAUCUGUGAAAUCAGCAGAUUGGCUUAUUUGCAACUCAACAUAUGAUCUUGAACCAGGAGCCUUCAAACUAGCACCAGAGAUAGUGCCUAUAGGUCCACUUUUUUCAAACAACUCACUCGAAUCAAACGCGUUGUCACUUGAAGCAGAAGCCCUUAUAUCUUCUAGAGAAUCUCCUAAUUCACUAGCCGGAUCGUUCUGGCCCGAGGACUCAACUUGUCUAGACUGGCUUGAUCAACAACCAUUAUGCUCAGUUGUGUAUGUAGCCUUUGGGAGCUUCACAAUAUUCAAUGAAACUCAGUUUCAAGAAUUGGCAUUAGGGCUUGAACUAUCAAACAAACCAUUCUUAUGGGUUGUGAGAACUACUACUCUAGAUACUAAAAGUGACAUUUUCUUGAAAAAAUUUGAAGAAAAAAUAGGGAGGCAAAAGGGGAAAAUAGUGAGUUGGGCACCACAACAAAAGGUGUUGAGUCAUUCUAGUAUAGGUUGUUUUGUUAGUCACUGUGGUUGGAAUUCGACGAUAGAAGCAAUGAGUAACGGGGUUCCAAUCUUGUGUUGGCCUUAUUUUGCUGACCAAUUUAUGAACCAAAGUUAUGUUUGUGAUAUAUGGAAAGUUGGAUUAGGACUAAAGAAAGGGGAUAAUGGGAUUAUUAGUUGUGGAGAAAUUAAGGUUAAAGUGGAACAAUUGUUAGGGAAUGAUGUAUUCAAGAAAAGAGCUAUGCAAAUCAAGGAAAUGAAUAUGAACUCAGUGAAAGAAGGUGGAAAGUCUCACCAAAAUUUGAUAAAUUUUAUUGAAUGGAUUAAAUCAUCAUAGGAAAUUGAAGGAAGAUUUGUGUGUUUUUCUGCUUAAAUUCAUGUAUUUUUUAAUGUGUUGUAAGUGUGGGUUUGUUACCAAGUGUGUUAUGUUUUAUGUUUGUUUGUUUUUUUAAAUGUAAUUUGUUUCUCAGUUUGUAAACUCAUUUGUCCAAGAUGGUGUCAGAAUCAACAAUGUUAAAAGCACCCAUCUUGGACCACAUGGCAAUAAAAAGGUAAAAAAUUUUACUCUCUUGA